CGCAGUGACGCGCGCGCGCCGCCAUGACGCGCGCGGUCGGCGCGCGAGCGCCCGUGCGCGUCGUCGCGUCGGGACGAAGGACCGCGCCGUCGACGCGCCGCGUCGCGAUCGGCGUCGGCGCGAGCGCGGCGCUGGCGCUCGGCGCGAAUUUCUUAGGCGUGACCUCGAGGACGCUCACGGCGUUCGCGCCGGAGUUCGCGCGAGCGAAGCGGCUGGACGCGCUGUUUCCCGUCGACGGCUUCGCGCGGUGCUACGCGCCGCGCGCGGGGUACGAAUUCGUGGUCCCGAUGGACUGGUUGGUGGACCAGACGGUGACGCUGCGAAACGCGCGGCGAGGGGUCGAGUCGCUGGACCCGCCGGAGUUGCGCAAGGGACGGGCGAGGGAGGUGAGCGAACCGGACGCGGCGUACGGACCGCGAGGGACGUCGGGCGAGGAGAACGUGUCCGUGAUUCGAUCAUCCGUGCCGAGAGGAUUCGAUUUGAGCGUGUUCGGCGACGCGAAUCGACAGGCGGAGUGGUUGCUGGCGAACGUGCUGGCGAAACCGGGGAGCGGGAAGACGGGAGAAUUGUUAUCUGCGAGUCAGCGAAAAGGAUCGAACGGAACGGUGUACUAUACGUUUGAGUACACGAUUCGAAAGGGCGACGGCGCGGCGCCGGAUGGGUGGUUCAGACACAACAUCGGCGUGUUCGCGGUUCGCGGGGAUCAGUUGUACACGUUCGUGGCGCAGAUUCCCGAAGAGCGAUGGCCUAAGAUGAAGGAAACGUUUUUCGCCAUGGCCGAGUCGUUUCGCGUCUUCGUCCCGAGCGGAUGAGAGGACGACGCGCCGUGUAUCGUAAUAGUAGAAUGUUUGAUAAAAAAUCAGCUAUGUUGUGCUA